UUACUUCCAGCGCCGCUUUUAUGGGAAAGUUUAUGGAAGCGAACAAGCGGAGGCAACCCUGAUUAGCGAUAUUUUGCGAGGUCCCUGGAAUUUCUAAUCAGGCCUACACUCACCGCCGGUGUCGUUAUGUCGCUUGUGUGCGUGCCCAGCAAAGGAAUAACGGCCGCCUAGAACAACAGAGCAACCGCCAGAUUCCAAAGCAGAUCCUGGAUGCGGUGUGCGAGCAGGAGCGGGAGCAGGCAGAACCAGUGGGCCCCCCUUGCGGCGGGGAAGGAGGCCCUAUGACCCUGGUGACACGCGCCAACCCCCUGGGAGGGGGGGACCCGCCCCCGGAACAGCCCCCUCCCAGCCCCCAUGCCCCGGCGCCAUCCGAAGAGGCUCCCUCAGAGGAGCCCGAGUUCCCCUUGGCGGAGCUGGCCCGUCUGGACGAGAUGAUCAACCGGCCACGCUGGGUAGUCCCCGUACUGGCCAAGGGGGAGCUGGAGGUCCUCCUUGAAGCAGCCAUCACCCUCUGCAAGGAGGGCCGGGACGUAGCCAGCGAGCCGUGCCAGCGUUUUUUUCGGGAGGGCCUCACCAUCUCCUUCACAAAGAUUCUCACGGAUGAGGCGGUCAGCGGAUGGAAGUUCGAGAUACAUCGCUGCAUCAUGAGGAACUGCGAGCGUCUGGUGGAGUUGUGCGUGACCAAGCUGCAACAGGAUUGGUUCCCCCUGCUAGACCUGUUGGCGAUGGUGCUCAACCCACACAACAAGUUCCACUCGUACAACGGCAGUCGUCCCUCGGACUCUGUGCCCCCUGGUUCCCAGAUCCCGGACGAAGAGGUGUUUGCACGCCCCACAGACACCAGGACGCCCAAGGGCUGGCUAGUGGACCUGAUCAACCGCUUCGGCUCUCUGGGCGGCUUCUCGCUGCUGCUGGAGCGGUUCCGGAGCGGCCGGGCCCUCUCGGUUCCCCUGAUGGCGGCCCUGAUCCGACCCCUGGGCCUCUGCCACAGCCUGCUCACGGUGAGCACGGUGGAGCGCUUCCUCCUCCCGCUGGUGUCCCUGGUGCCCUCGCUGCUGGAGCGCCUGACGGACGACGAGCUCAAGCGGGAGGCCAAGAACGAGACCAAGAACGACGCCCUGUCCGCCAUUGUGAAGGCCCUGCGCUGCCUGGCCGCACGCGUGCCCCACCAGGAGGACACCGUCAAGGCCCUCGAGAUGUUCCGCCUGCGCAUGAUACUCAGGUUGCUUCAGAUCUCGUCGUUCAACGGCAAGAUGAAUGCGCUGAACGAAGUGAACAAGGUGAUCGCCAAUGUUUCCUACUACGCCCACAGGCACGCGGGCAUCGAGGAAGAGGAGUGGCUCACUGCAGAACGCAUGGCCGAGUGGAUCAAGGAGAAUCGAGUGUUGCAGAUUGUGCUGCGGGACAGCUUACACCAGCCGCAGUACGUGGAGAAGCUGGAGAAGAUGGUGCGCUUCGUGAUCAAGGAGAAAGCGCUGACUCUGGAAGACUUGGACGACCUGUGGGCCGCCCAGAGCGGAAAACACGAGGCCAUCGUGAAGAAUGUCCACGACCUGCUGGCCAAGCUCGCCUGGGACUUUGCACCCGAGCAGUUGGACCACCUCUUCGACUGCUUCCAGUCGAGCUGGGCCUCCGCCACCAAGAAGCAGCGUGAGAAGCUGCUAGAACUCAUCCGGCGACUCGCAGAGGACGACAAGGACGGCGUGAUGGCGCACAAGGUGCUCCAGCUGUUGUGGAGCCUGGCCCACAGCCGGGAGGUCCCGACAGACAUGAUGGAGCUCGCGCUGAGCUUCCACGUGAAGAUCCUGGACUACAGCUGCUCGCAGGAGCGGGACGCCCAGAAGUCGCACUGGCUGGACCGCUGCGUACAGGAGCUCCGGGAGGGCCCCGAGUGGGCCCUGCCGGCCCUGCGCCACAUCCAGGAGGUGGCGGGCCUCUACUCGGAGGCCCCCUUGGGGCCGGCCCCUGCGGGGGGUCCCCACCGGGCCGCUCCCGCCCCCGUCGGGCAGGCCCUGUACCGGCACGAGGUCAUCAACCGCCUGCAGCAGCAGCACUCCUUGGUGGUGCUCGUGGCGGAUGGGCUGUCGGCGUACAUGGCCAGGGCCAAGAGGCUCGCAGCGGAGCAUCCUGACCUGGAUCCCAACACGGUGUAUGCAGACAGCCGAUACAGUCACGUCCAGCAAGUUCAAGAGAGGCUAAAAUUUUUGAGGUUUCUUUUAAAAGAUGGACAGCUUUGGCUGUGCGCUGCCCAAGCAAAGCAGAUCUGGAACUGCCUGGCCGAGAAUGCCGUCUACAGCACGGAUCGGGAAGCCUGCUUCAAGUGGUUCUCAAAGUUGAUGGGUGAAGAGCCUGAUCUGGAUCCUGAGAUCAACCAGGACUUCUUCGAGAACAAUGUGCUUCAGCUGGAGCCCAGCGUCUUGACCGAGAACGGCAUCAAGUGCUUUGAGCGCUUCUUCAAGGCGGUCAACUCAAAGGAGGGCAAGCUGGUGGUGAAGCGGCGGGUGUACCAGCUGGAGGAUGUGGAGCUGGUCGGGGCCGACUACCUCUGGAAGGUGGUGCUGCACGGGGCGUCUCCCGUGGCUGACCGGGCCAUCGAGCUCCUCCGGGAGGUCUACACCAGUCUGGGACCCCGGCUGCAAGGGUCCCAGGUGGAGAUGCACGAAGACUUUAUUCAGUCGUGCCUGGACCGUCUGAAGGCGGCGUACGACACGCUGUGCGUGCUGGAGCAAGAGCAGGGUCCCCGAGAGGCGCUACAGGAGAGCGCCACCCGCAUGGUGCGCGUGCUCCGCGUGCUGUCCGAGUAUGUGGCGCAGUGCGACGGUGACUAUGCCGGGGACCGCACGCUUCUUCCCAUGGCAAGGGCUCAUCGGGGCAAGCACUUGGGUCUGACGGUUCGUUUUCCGAGCCAAGGUCGACAGCUGGAGGACUUGGAGCUCUGGGUUCACACAAACGACACCCUAGGCUCGAUACGCCGACAGAUUCUGUCCAAGGUGAAAGUGAACAACAUCAACAUGAAGAUUGACCUUUUCAUCAAUGCGGAACUGCUUGACCCGGCAGACGACAAGAAACUGGUGUCCCAACUCCCCAUCAAGGACAGAAUGGUUCUGUCUGCAAAACUGUGCCAGCUGGGUUCCCAGGUACCCUCGUCACCAGAGUCCAGCUCCGACAGCUCCGUGGGAUCCCCUCAGCACCAGUACGAGGGACCGCGGUCGGACGCAGAGGCCUGCCUACCUGGCGUGCUGAUGUCCAGGCAGCCCCGGUACACCCAAUUCCUGUUCAAGCUGGCUGACCUGGGCAGCUCUCUUCAGGUGCCUCAGCUCAGGGAAGGGGCCAUGGCGCUGCUCAAGAUCCUGCCUGCGGAUGUGCAGACAAUGGAGAAAUUGCGCCAGCAUUGCAGCCACCAGCCAGGCACCACAACCCCUUCUCUGGAUUCCCUGCUGCGAUCGCUGUCACCCACCGAGCUGCUGUAUCACCUCGAGGUGGUGUAUGCCCUGCUGCUACCCGCCCAGAACCCGUGCUCGGAAGAGGCCCAGCAAUUCCAGUGCGGCUUUGUGCAGAGCGGGGGUGUGCCCCUGGUGCUGGGCAUGCUCACCCAGGAGCGCUUCCUCUCGGGACUGGACCCCUCCAGCCGAAGGAGCGGUCAGCUGCUGCUGCUGAAGCUGAGCAAGCUGCUGCUGACCACGGUGGGCCAGUGCCUGUCCCUGGGGGCCCCCGAUGCGGCCUCCGCGGGGGGCUGGGCGGAGGAGAGUCCCCAGGGGAGGGGCGCCCUGCUGCAGCAGGCGCUGACCCACAUCCCCAACCCAGGGCCCGAGUGCAUGCUGCGUAGUGUGGCACAGCGGCUGGCGCAGCUGCUGAGACACGGGGGUGCGACCUACCUGCCCGAGCUGAGCACGGUGCGGGCACUGAUCCAGCUGGCCUGGGCAGCGUCGGGCAAGGCCCCCGGGUCGCAGGUGGUGCCGCCCAAGGAGGAGCAGCUGGAGCUGUGCCAGGAGGCCUUGGAGGUUUUGACCCUGGCCCUGGCCCUGCAGCCAGAGGCCCUGGACACCCUCAUGCUGGAGACGCAGCCGUGGGCCCAGUUUGUGCUCGACAUGCUGCUCAUGUGCCCCAACAGGUCCAUUCGGCAGUGUGCAGCGGAUCAGCUGUGCCUCGUGGCAACCCAGUGCUACCCUGGGCACGGCUGCCUGGUCUUCAUGGUGGAGCUGCUCUUUGCCCAGCUGCCUGAGCUCGAGCAUCACGCGUCCCAGUGUCAGGAGCUCUUCGGGCUGCUGUGUGCCCUGCUCAGCUGUGCAUGCUCCAGCAGGUGUACCCUGGCGGCUGCUGAGCAGCUCCUCAACGACGAGGUGCUCUGGCUGAAGAAAGUCCGGGAGCAAGUGCAGGAGGCAGGUGCCCUGCUGGUACCAGAGCCCCUACUUGAGGGACACCUGGGGGUGGCCAGGGAAUUGGUGUCCCUACUGGGGCCACAGGCAAAGCAGCAUGUGGGGCUGGACACCACCAGGGGGUUGGUACAGGAGCUGCUUGAGGACUUUGCCUUCCCGUCGUCCCGAGUGGAGGCCCAGCUCCGGCGGAGGCGGUGCUCGGGCGGGGCGGGGGACGUCUGUGGGCGCCCCGCGGCCGUGGCAGUGUGUGGCGGUCCCCGGGCAUUGGCGGCGGCCCUGGACCUGGUGGUGGCCCUGUGCACCCAGAGCCUAGCCAACCUUGCCACGGCCGUGCGCCUGCUCAAGGACAUGUUCUACGCUGAGGGGCAGGGACCCCUCCACGACUGGGACUACCUGCCCCCCGUGGGGCCCAGGCCACAGGGGGGCUUCGUGGGGCUCAAGAAUGCCGGGGCCACCUGCUACAUGAACUCCGUGCUGCAGCAGCUGUACAUGAUAGAGAGCAUCCGGGAGGGCCUGCUGGCAGUGGAGGGGGCGGCCCUGGACCCCAACGAGGACUUCUCCGGCGACCCCGAAGGGGGUGCCCCCGAAGCGGAGCUCUGCGUGGGUCCCCAGGAAGAAGGGGGCCGGGAGGAACAGCGCCGGGACUACAACCUCGGGGUCCUGAAGCAGGUGCAGGCCGUCUUCGGACACCUGGCCUGCAGCCAGCUGCAGUACUACGUGCCCAGGGGGUUCUGGAAGCACUUCAAGUUGUGGGGCGAACCCGUGAACCUGCGGGAGCAGCACGACGCCCUGGAGUUCUUCAACAGCCUGGUGGACAGCCUGGACGAGGCACUCAAGACGCUCGGCCAGCCGUGCAUCCUGGCCAAGGUGCUCGGAGGAACCUUUGCCGACCAGAAGAUCUGCAAGGGAUGCCCCCACAGGUACUCGAGGGAGGAGUCGUUCACGACGCUCAACAUUGACAUCCGGAACCACAGCAACCUGUCGGACUCCCUGGAGCAGUACGUGAAGGGGGACCUGUUAGAAGGCGCCAAUGCCUACCACUGCGACAAGUGCAACAAGAAGGUGGACACGGUGAAGCGUCUGUGCAUCAAGAAGCUGCCCCCGAUCUUGGCGAUCCAGUUGAAACGCUUCGACUACGACUGGGAGCGGGAGUGUGCCAUCAAGUUCAACGACUACUUUGAGUUUCCCCGUGAGCUCGACAUGGAACCUUACACCGUGCAAGGGCUGGCCAAGAUGGAAGGGGAGGUGAUUGAGGAGGAACCUCUGGCCGAAGACCUGGGGUCAACUCGCUACCAGCUGACGGGCAUUGUGGUGCACAGCGGCCAGGCCAGCGGAGGACACUAUUACUCAUACAUACUCUACCGGCACGGGGAGAGCCCCCAGUGGUACAAAUUUGACGACGGGGAGGUGUCCGAGUGCCGCAUGGAGGAGGAGGAAGAGAUGAAGAACCAGUGCUUCGGGGGAGAGUACAUGGGGGAAGUGUUCGACCACAUGCUCAAGCGCAUGUCGUACCGGCGCCAGAAGCGCUGGUGGAACGCCUACAUCCUCUUCUACCAGCGAGCCCAGGAGACACCCAGCCUCCAGCAGGGCCUGCAAGACCUCUCCCUAGAGCCGCGUCCACCGGACUGCCUGCGCAUGCCACUGGCUAUUGAGCGCAGCGUGUGGCGCCAGAACAUCAAGUUCAUGCACAACCGGAACCAGUUCAGCAUUGAGUACUUCCAGUUCAUGAAGAAGCUCAUCAGCUGCAACGCCCCCUACGUCAACCCGCCCACUGGUCAUGACAAACUGCUGCCCGAGGCUGAAGAGUUGGCCAUGCUGAGCACUCAGCUGGCGGCCAGGUUCCUCUUCCUCACUGCCCUGCACACCAAGAAGACGCUCAGGGGCCCAGCGGCAGACUGGUGUGAAGUGGUGUGCGUCCACCUGCGGCAUUCUCGAGCAGUGCGCCUCUGGUUUGCCACCGAGGUGCUCUUCGGACACUCGCACCGCUUGGCCGAGUAUCUGCUCGAGUGCCCCAAUGCCGAGGUGCGCAGUGCCUUUGCCAAGAUGGUUGUUUUCCUGGCCCACGCGUCCCUUCAAGACGGCCCCUACAGCCCCCCUGCACCGUUUGCCUCCAGCUGCAGCUUGCUCCUGGAGGGCAGCGGCACCCUGUCGGACCACCUGCUGCUGGCAGUGCUGUCUCUGGUCAACAAGGAGGUGUCGGAACAUGGCCGACACCUGGCACAGUACUUUGGCUUCUUCUACAUGUACGCCUGCUUCGGGGUGCCGGAGAGAUUACAACUGCUACGGCUGAACGUGCUAUCAACCCUGAUGCUGGUGGCAUUGGAUGAGGGCCCCGGUCCGCCCAUCAAGUACCAGUACGCCGAUCUAAGCAAGCUGUACCAGCUAGUGAGUCUGCUGGUACGCUGCUGCGACGUCUCCAGCAAGACACACUCCUGCCUUCCAAACAGCGCCCCCUUGCCCAACCCCCAUGCGGGAGAUCAGCUCUGCCCAGACUACCUCAUGGUGGUCCAACCACAAGUGGCUGCCUGUCUCUUCAACAAAACUAGCUACGUGAAGAAGGUGAUAGAGGACGCCAACGGGUCGGAGGACACGGCCAAGCUGCUGCGCUUCUGCUCGUGGGAGAACCCCCAGUUCUCGUCGACGGUGCUCAGCGAGCUCCUCUGGCAGAUCGCCUACACCUACACGUACGAGCUGCGCCCCUUCAUGGACCUCCUGCUGCACGUGCUGCUGCUCGAGGACUCCUGGCAGAACCACCGUAUUCACAACGCCCUCAAGGGGAUCCCGGACGACCGAGAGGGCCUGUUCGACACGAUCCAGCGCAGCAAGAACCACUACCAGAAACGUGCGUACCAGUGCAUCAAGUGCCUGGUGGCCCUGUUCGGGUCGUGCCCGGCAGCCGCACACAUGCUGCACACCAACGGCGAGCUCAAGCGCAAGUGGACCGCCUCUGUCGACUGGCUGCACGACGAGCUGGAGCGGCGGCCAUAUGCGGGCAGCAGCCAGUACGGCUACAACCAGUGGUCGCCACCGGCCCAGUCCAACGAGACAUCCAACGGCUAUUUCCUGGAGCGGUCGCACAGUGCCCGGCUCACCCUGUCCAGGGCCAUCCAGCUCUGUCCCGAGGAGGAGCCCGAAGAGCAAGAGGACGACGGGGAGAUUCCCCUGGGAGUCGCGCAGCAGGCACAGCAGUGCACCACCGCACAAUCCUCCUUUGCGCCCACGCAACAACAGCAGCAGCAGCAGCGAGCAGACCCAAGCCCCGGCAGUUCCUUGCCGGGCACAUCGUCGUCUGCUCCGGAGCCCCGCAGACCUUCUCUGGAGGAUGGUGCGACCUGAGGGGUGUGCGUGCGUGAGACUCUGAAGGGACGCUUUCUCGGAGUCGAGCCUCCGCAGGGGAGCCUCGUUUUGUACAAAACUCCUUUGUUGCCGCUGGGGGGAGGGGGGCGCCCUGUGCCGUGAAACAACGACCGCUAGAACUCGAGCAGCCGGACGGACGCCCAGAGUGGGGGACGGUAGACGUAGGAACAAGCUGUGCAGAGUUUGCUCUCGGACAUGUAAUGCAAGACCCAUUGUUUUAUGCGCCUGUUUUUCGUCUUGUUUCUCGGUAAAAAAAAUAAACAAAUUGUUGAUUUUCGGCUGCACACAGAAAA